UGGCUCGGCACUUCGCAGGCGGCUGGAGGGACCUCGGGGCUCCGCUCUGAACUUUGACUCCCACCCGUCCCGGCCUCUCCCCGGGGGCUCCCCUCCACUCCCCGGUGCCUCCAGGCCCCCGUCCCCGCUCGCGCUGCCCCGCAGGAUGCAGAUCUCACCCUUGCUGGCUGGUGGACUUUUACUUGCUCUGCUCUCCGUCAGGCUGGAGGCGAAGCCGGCGUCGCAGCUCCCACAGAAGGCUUCCCGCGGGGCGGCGGCGGCGGCGGCUCCGCCUGAGGCGGCGGGCGCGGAGCGGGACAAGGAGCGGGACAAGGACAAGGACAAGGAGCGGAGCCGCGGCACCGGCCCCAGGGAGGCUCGGGAGGCCCGGGCCGAAACCCGGCCUCGGGCGGGUUGGGCGAGGCUGCUUCAGGACCCGCCGGGCCGCCGCCACAAGGGCCUGCACAAGAAAGGGCUCGGCAAGGGCUGCUUCGGCCUCAAGCUGGACCGCAUCGGCGCCAUGAGCGGCCUCGGCUGCUGAGGGACCCCUGGCGGGCUUUGAAGCAGCAGUCCAUUUUCUCCUACCACGGCCAGGCAUGGCCAUUGCCCAGGCAACGCCUAGAAGAGCAGAGACCCCCCCCCAAAAUGGACAAAAGAUGUGGCUGUGUUUUUCUUUUCGGUACGAGGAGUCAUGGCACCAGCUGUUUUGGUUUUGUUAUUUUUUUAAAAAGUGCUCUCUAUCUUAUAUAUAUUAUAUAUACAAACACUCACCAAGACAAGGGACAGUGCUUUUCCAAGAGACUGAUGAAGCCAGCUGUAUAACAUUGCUGUUUGUAAAUUCAUGUCAUGCAUAAAUGUAUUUAUGUUGUAAAGCUAUUUAUAUAUUGUUUAUAAAGAGAUAUUUAUAAAAAAUUAUUUAUGUAACUAAAUGAAAAGUCAAGCAUUGUAACAUUUUUUGUCCUAAGUAGUUGAAAAAGGUAAAGAAAAAAAAAAAUCAUUCCGUGUGGCAUUUUGUAACCUGUCUUUAUUUAUCAAAUUCAUGUACAAUUUAAAUGUCAGAUUGAUUGAUUUUAACAGAGUGAAAGAAGAAAUUGUUCAGAUGUUUUAGAAAAGUCAGGAGCGAGAGAAAGGCCAGCUGAUAUUUUAAGCUUUGAUCCCAUAUGCAAAGUAAACUUGCGCCCAAUCCUGUGAUGCUCAGACGGACCGAAUCCUGCGCGGCACUGCCUUCAGCUGCAAGCCUGUGCAGAACCCAACUGAACUCACCGCAAGAGCACGCGGCCUCGGGCAGCUCAUCUAUCGCCCAGAUCCCGAAUCGCACCCUUGGAAAUAAGCCCAGCACGUUUGACAGCCUAGAUCCGGAGUUGCUAGCGGUGUGACAAGCGCGGCAUUGGGUCUGGGCGUGUUUUAAUCACUUCCAGUCUGCAGGUGUGGGUCCAAAUUGCGUUCCGUAAAACAAGCUGUACCACCGGGGGCCGUACGGAGAUGCAGUCCCUGCCAGCAGCAACAAAGAGACCACACCGGAUCUGGCCCCGGCUGUGCUCGCGGGAGCAGAGCUUUAUGCCGGAGUUGCUGUUAUUCUGGGAUCCAGCAGCUUGCUAAGUAUCUUGUUGGUAUUCUCGCUUGCCAGGCAUUUGCUGCUAAGCUGCAAAGUCCCUUCCUUCAGCAGAGGUUUAUUUAACUGUGCCUGGGACAAUACAUAGACAGACCAAAAUAUACCGAGAGCUGCCUGGUAAGGAUUCACGGACACAGCUGUUGCUACAGCUUCUUGCUAUGUAA